GUUUUAUCUUUGAGAAUGAGUUGUUUGCAUUUUGUACCCAGUGACUGUAAAGUAUUGUGAUUGGUGUGAAAAAUUGGUGGUUACCGAAGAGUAGAGUGGAAAAAUGGUUUUAGAAAGUACUAUGAUAUGUGUCGAUAACAGUGACUACAUGAGAAAUGGUGAUUUUGUUCCUACUCGGCUACAAGCUCAGCAGGAUGCAGUGAACCUUGUAUGCCAUUCAAAAAUCAGAUCAAAUCCAGAGAACAAUGUUGGUCUGCUUACUUUAGCAAAUGUUGAAGUUCUUGCAACACUCACUUCUGAUGUAGGGAGAAUACUGUCAAAGUUGCAUCAAGUCCAGCCUCAAGGAAAUAUUAAAUUCCUUACUGGCAUCCGUAUUGCCCAUUUAGCACUGAAACAUCGACAAGGCAAAAACCAUAAAAUGCGCAUUGUAGCAUUUGUGGGAAGCCCUGUGCAAGCAAAAGGAAGUGAUCUCAUCCGUCUGGCAAAAAGGCUCAAGAAGGAAAAAGUCAAUGUUGAUAUUGUCAGCUUUGGAGAAGAAGUUAAUCCCAAGGUUUCAAACAAUGAACUCCUCACAGCAUUUAUAAAUGCAUUAAAUGGAAGAGAUGGUGGAAGUAGCCAUUUGGUCACAGUGCCUCCUGGCCCUCAUUUGUCUGAUGCUCUGCUUUCAUCACCAGUUAUUCAGGGAGAGGAUGGUAUGGGAGGUGCUGGCCUUGGUGCUUCAGGAUUUGAAUUUGGUGUAGAUCCAAAUGAAGAUCCGGAACUUGCUUUGGCCUUGCGAGUAUCCAUGGAAGAACAACGACAGCGCCAAGAGGAAGAGGCUCGUCGAGCUCAAGCAGCUUCAGCGCCAGAUGGUGCUCCACAGCCAGCAGAUACAAUUAAAGAAGAACAAAGUGAAGAGGCACUCCUGGAAAGAGCAUUGGCAAUGUCUCUGGAGGGGGGUGCCGAAGAACAGAGCAGCCAGGCAGGAAUCCCAGAUUUCUCCAAAAUGACAGAAGAGGAACAAAUUGCUCUAGCAAUGCAAAUGUCCAUGCAAGAUGCUCAGCCUGAAGAAGUACCAAUGAAAGAGGAAGGAAGCAGCUCUGUGAAAGAAGAGAAAACAGAAACUCCAAUGGAAGUUGAGGGAGAUGAUGAUUAUUCUGAGGUGAUGAAUGAUCCUGAAUUUUUGCAGAGCGUUCUAGAAAAUUUACCUGGAGUUGAUCCACAAAGUGAGGCUAUACGCAAAGCAGUUGGUAGUUUAAAAGACAAGAAAGAAAGUGACAAAAAAGAUCGUAAGGAUGAUGAUAAGGGGAAGAAAUAAAUCAACAAAAUACUGAUCUGUAAGUUAUAAAUUCUGAGGUUUCCAAAUUUGUCUAUCAGUGUUUUCAGUUUCGAUGAUACUGAAGAAAUGAUGGUUAUGAGGCCACCAGUGGACUGGAAAAUUUUUAAUACUAAGACAAAAAAUUAAUGCAGCAUUAACACUGAAUAUACUUAACCCCAGCUGUUCAUUGCAGUUGCUGGACAGCUUUCUUGUCCUACUUCAAUACACAAAAUUGGUGUAAAUUUUAGUUUGUAAGCAAUGUUAAUAAGAAAUUGCUAUCCAACUGUCUGAAGGUGAAACAGAUAUAUUUAUGUUGAAAUUAAAGAUUUUGACCUUCUUGAA